AUGUUUUCUGCCACAAAAGAAUAUUGUGGAGAUAUUGGUACUUUAGCUUUUCAUUCCGUUCAAAAUAAACUAGGAGAAAUUUUUAUAAGACUGCGAGAAAUCUUUCAAAUUGAUGAUUCGACUUCAGUUUAUGUUAAAGAUUUAGAAAAUUCUGUUCAUUCUUAUCUAAGAAGCAGAAUAGAUAAAUUCGAUUUAACUGACUGCAUCCAGUUAGCUUUUCAUUCCGUUCAAAAUAAACUAGGAGAAAUUUUUAUAAGACUGCGAGAAAUCUUUCAAAUUGAUGAUUCGACUUCAGUUUAUGUUAAAGAUUUAGAAAAUUCUGUUCAUUCUUAUCUAAGAAGCAGAAUAGAUAAAUUCGAUUUAACUGACUGCAUCCAGGAAGUUUCUAAUCAAAUUUGGACCACUUUAUAUGACUUUCCAUGCCUGAAGGAUUGUGACGUCUUUUUAAAAUAUGUCAAACAAUGUGUACGUCUAGCAUGGGGUUUGAUUAAUCAAAAUCCUUCAUAUGAGAUUGAGUACGAAAUGUCGGAAUAUCGUAAAGAUCUUCAUCUACGCUUCCAUUCCUCAGAUCAACAAAGUAAGAAAGUGAAGUAUUAUCUCUGGCCAGCUCUUCUGGAGACAAAUGGAGGUGCUUGUGUCUACAAAGGUGUAGUAGUCACAUGAAACGACUACUUGCCGCGUGUAAGAUUCGAAUUCAUGUUCUCUGUUUAAAACAAAUUUUUAUAUGUAUUAUUGUUUCAGUCAUAUGGUUUAUAUGAAGAACAACUACAUCAUUAGUAUAGUAACUCUCAUUUUCAUUCUGUAAACUUCCUAUAUAAUACAUUUAUUCAUUUAUUUCAAAAAUCUUUGUAAAUUAAAAAAAAUUGCCUAAUUUUAAUAUGUAAA